AUGGAGGAAGAGAGGAGCCCGAAGAUGACAAGUGGGACCCGGGACACGACCGUGAACUCGUCUCCAGCGGUGGCGGCCAAUGCAGAGGGAGAGGAGAUCGAGAUUUUGGAAAGUACAGACGUACUACCCUCAGCAUCAGAGGAACAAUGGAAAACUAUGUUUGACAAGUAUGACCCAGGGCAUUCUGGCUUCAUCAGUACGGAGCGGUUCAGGGACCUACUGGCCACUCACAGCUCUGAGAUUGACCCUCACAAACUGGAAGUCCUUUUGGCCCUCGCUGAUGGCAAUGGCAAGAUCUGCUACAAAGACUUUGUCAACUUGAUGACCAACAAGCGCUCCAACAGUUUUCGGAGGGCCAUCCUUCAGGGCGGGCGGCAGCUGAAGGGGUGCAAUCUGCGCGACGAGGUGGGACUGGGACUGCCCCAAAGGCUGGUGCGGCACGUCGCCUACGAGACCCUCCCGCGAGAGGUGGACCGCAAGUGGUACUUUGACAGCUACACCUACUGCCCCCCACCAUGGCUCAUACUGGCCAUCACUAUAGCAGAGAUAGCAGUCUUCAUGUAUUAUGGGCUGAAGUUUGAGCGUCUUGUGCUGCAAGUGUCCAGUCCGUCUUUCCUCAAGAGCCCUUUGCCGUACCACCCCCAGCUGAGAGCGCAGGCCUGGAGGUACCUGAGCUAUGUCUUCAUGCACACAGGGAUUGAGCACCUCAGUCUGAACAUGGCCAUGCAGCUCUUGGUCGGGGUCCCUCUGGAGAUGGUCCACGGAGCUGCGCGGAUUGGCCUGGUCUAUGUGUGUGGCGUGUUAGCAGGCUCUCUGGCCGUUUCUGUCACCGAUAUGACUGCUCCUGUGGUUGGGUCGUCUGGUGGAGUGUACGCGCUUGUGUCUGCCCACCUGGCUAAUGUAGUGAUGAACUGGUCGGGAAUGAAGUGUCAGUUUAAGUUAUUCCGCAUGGCAAUGGCUCUUGUUUGCAUGAGUGUCGAGUUUGGUCGAGCAGUGUGGCUUCGGUUUUACCCACCAGCUUUUCCUCCAUGUCCAAAUCCAAGCUUUGUGGCCCACCUGGGAGGUGUGGUUGUGGGGUUGACUCUGGGAGUGGUCGUCCUCCAUAAUUAUGAACAAAAACUCCAGGAGCAGUCCUUGUUUUGGAUCUUCUUCUGCGUCUACACCUUGUUUGUGCUUUGUGCAGUUUUCUGGAAUGUAUUUGCAUACAGCUUACUCGAUGUACGACUCCCCCCACCACCGUGA